AUGUCUUCGUCUUCAAUGACUCCGACCUCUCUUCCUGACCAGUCGUCAUCAAUGACUCCGACCUCUCUUCCUGACCAGUCGUCUUCAAUGACUCCGACCUCUCUUCCUGACCAGUCGUCUUCAAUGACUCCGACCCCUCUUCCUGACCAGUCGUCUUCUCUUUAUGUUCCGUCGGAAACUGACAAUCUGAACCUGGAUCCGUGGAAUCUGAGUGCUGACCAGUUGUACGGAUGUGCCCAUCUUCUUCACGAUCAGGCGAAUUUUGGUGAGUUUUUUUGCAGCCUUUUGAUGCACUGAAACGGUUGAUGAUUUCAGAUCCAACGGCCAACAGUGAACCUCUAGACGAACAAAUGGACUUCGAACCCAAUUUGCUCGUGGACGACUACCCCUACAAACUGGUACUAUUUUUUCGCAUCAUGAUCAGUUCUCAAUGCAACUUUACAGGCUGAAAAUUUUCACUAUUCCGUCAUAACAAUCAGGAAGGUCUAUGCCUGGAAAAAUAAAAUUGUUAAGGACUACGCAGCCCAAACAAAAAGACGCACGGAUCAGCUCAACGACCACGUAUGGAUUCACCAUCUUUAGAUGCAUAAUGAUAAUUUGUGAUUUUCAGAAGGGAAUUUUCACAAUGCAUUUGAAGAAUAUGAAAAAUUUCAUAGUUCUGCAUGCGAAUAUAUAUCUGAGUUUUCUUCCUGAUGAAGUUCAGCAAAGUGUCUACAGUGAUUCGCUUCCUUUCGACGAUUCGGAUGUUGAAGAGGACAUCGCGUUCUGGAGAAGAAGAGUUGAAACGGAUCCAACAUUCCAGUUCGUUGCCAACGUUAGUGUUGCACACGCUCGGCAAACUAAUAAAUUUUUCUGUUCAGAAGGUUCGAACAAAUAGAUUCAGAGGCAUCUGGCAGCUUGUUUUGAAUACGAUGGAGAUGGAAAUAGUAAGGGACUAGGAACAUUCGAAAAAGUAUCAUUACUUUCAGCCGAUCAUCACAACCUGUCGCCGUCUUGUCCUGUUGCACCAAAAGAAAAGAGCGGUAAGGAAGACAGCGUUGAGUUUGUAUUGAGUCCACUGCUGUUUUCAGAUUGGAAAGGAGUACACCGAGCACUUGAAGCAUCUGCAGCCGCAAAUCUACGGAACUGGUGAAUUGACCGAUGAGAUCUGCGCGGCUAUCAGCUACUUCGAGAUUUCUUUGCCACCUUUUGUGUUCUGA